UAAACCAUUCCUGGAAGGAAAGAAGUCUUCUCAAAAACUACAGCCAGAGUGUGUUGUAGUAAAAGUAAGAAGUAAGGUUCUCGGUCGGCUCAUGUCAUGUACUGAGAAAGCCCAGGACAAGAGGCUACAUUCUGAGUGGAUGAACAAGUCCGUCAGUCAUUAACAUGAAAUCAAAGUACCUUAAGCACUAAAAGGCGACCCUGGACUGAAGUGUUCGGUGCUGAGAAAUAGUACAAAAAGGUCUCUUCAAGGUCUGUAAUCUUAGUCGAGUGAAUUUACAGACUGAUCCCCAAACAGUGCUAUUUCUACUGUGUGAGAGAGUGGUGCAAACGUGGUACUUGUCAACUUGACAUUGUAAGAAAAGCUGAGGAUUUAUACUGUACAGUUCCACUCGCCAUGGAGUAUACUGCAUCUCCUAAGCCCCAGCUCUCCUCCAGGGCUAAUGCCUUUUCUAUUGCUGCUCUCAUGUCAAGCGGAAGUUCCAAGGAAAAGGAAGGCGAAGAGAACACGAUCAAACCUCUAGAGCAGUUUGUUGAAAAGUCUUCUUGUAGUCACCAGUCCCUUAGCGAACUCUCCGGCCUGCAGGAGUCAAACCAGAUACCAACUGACUUCAGUGGAGUUCCUCAUCCUCUCUGCACUGAGCCCCUGAUCCCUACCAGCCCAGGAAUUCCUAGUGAAGAGAUGGCAAAGAUUGGAUGUAGCCUUGAGACAAAGGAGUUGUGGGAUAAAUUCCAUGACCUCGGCACUGAAAUGAUCAUCACAAAGUCUGGCAGGAGGAUGUUUCCUACAAUUCGAGUAUCCUUCUCUGGGGUGGACCCUGAAGCCAAGUAUAUAGUGCUGAUGGACAUCGUUCCUGUUGACAAUAAAAGAUACCGAUAUGCUUAUCACCGAUCCUCCUGGCUAGUCGCUGGGAAAGCUGAUCCUCCUCUUCCUGCAAGGCUCUACGUGCACCCCGAUUCCCCCUUUACAGGAGAGCAGUUGCUGAAACAGAUGGUGUCUUUUGAAAAAGUGAAGCUGACAAACAACGAACUGGAUCAGCAUGGGCAUAUAAUUUUGAACUCAAUGCACAAGUACCAGCCCAGGGUUCACGUAAUUAAAAAGAAGGAUCACACUGCUUCUCUGCUGAACUUGAAGUCAGAAGAAUUCCGGACUUUUGUUUUUACAGAAACAGUUUUCACAGCAGUAACUGCUUAUCAAAACCAACUGAUAACAAAACUGAAGAUUGACAGCAACCCCUUUGCUAAAGGAUUCAGGGACUCUUCAAGACUGACUGAUAUUGAAAGGGAAAGUGUUGAAAGCCUAAUUCAGAAACAUUCAUAUGCUCGAUCACCCAUUCGAACGUAUGGAGCAGAGGAAGAGGGACUAGCAGAUGAGGCAGCACAAAACAGAGGAUCGGCAUUCACAACAUCAGAUAAUUUAUCACUCAGCUCUUGGGUAACAUCAUCAUCAGGAUUUUCUGGAUUUCAGCACCCACAAUCCCUGGCUGCUAUUGGUACCAGUACAGCAUCAUUAGCAACCCAGAUCCCUCACCCUAUUCAGGGAUCACUUCCUCCUUACAGCCGUCUUGGGAUGCCUCUGACACCUUCUGCAAUUGCCAGCUCCAUGCAAGGAAGUGGGCCUUCUUUCCCAUCAUUUCACAUGCCACGGUACCACCAUUACUUUCAACAGGGCCCAUAUGCCGCCAUCCAAGGACUGCGCCACUCUUCUGCAGUGAUGACACAUUUUGUAUGACUGACCACUCAUUAACUCUUUAAUGAUAUUUUACUGCCUGUUUCAUAAUUAAUUAAUGUGCAAGUACCAGGCGAGAAGGACAGGCCUUGUAAAGAAGGCUAGCAGAGCCCAGCCUGAGAUCGUCAUCUUUAGAAUGAUGCACUCUUAUAACGGAUUUCUAGAAGGGGAUCAUAGGAGGCCAUACUUUGACUUGGAAGUAUACACUGAUACAGCUGUAUAUUUCCAAAGAACAUCCCUGCAUCAUUGAAACAUUCACAGAACAUUUACCUGUAUUGCAGCUACUUAAUGGCUAAUGAAUUUGAAACUUGUAAACUUAAGAUGUGAAGCUCCAGUAUUAUAUUAUAUUUUUUGGUUGCUGAUAUAUCUGGCAGGGUCAGUAUAAAUCCAGCAAGUUAACCAAUUCUUUCCAAAGCAUUGUUUAGUCAAACUGUAGAACAGUGUUAUUGGUUACCUCAGCUGUGUUAAGCAUGCAUGAAAAGGACCCUCACUCCUACCCCCACGCCAAAAAAAAAAAAAAAGUCUUGAAAGUGACUGUAUUUAGACUGCUGGUUAGAUAUCAUAUUUUAUUGUUAUCUACCAGGUAAAUAUGCUACCAGCUAGACUUUUGUCCAUGGUAUAAAAGAGAAGCAGAUAACCUGGUAUCCCAAAAUGUCAUUUCUGUUACCAUAGAUUUGUAAGAUACAUGUGAAUUUGAAGCACUGUAGCACAUUACUACAUUCAUUUAAAUUUAAGCCAAGCACUUCCCUAGCACUCACAGGAAAUUCUAGCAAGUCCACUUUCACUCCUGUAUAUACACAUGUACACAUGUGUAAACAUACAAGCCAGCUACACUGGUAUUAAAACAAGGAAUGAAGAUUAAAAUCAUAUCUUAAUUAUCUAAACUACCUUCACAAUUCCCAAAGCCAUCUCAGUCCCACCUGAAUAGUGUCAAACAGAUAUCUGUGCGUUAGAAGUAUUGUCUUACUGCUACAUAAUGUACAAGGUAACGUUGCAAGCCAUGCCUCUCAGCUGUCCCUAAUCUGUAGGUAUGCCUCUCUUUUGACUUUAAAUUUUGCUUUGUCUCUCCUAAAAAGUGGGCAUUCAUUUGAGGAAAACUGUGUUAAUAGUGCCAAUACUCUUUGCUCUGUCCGUAAUGCUGGAGUUAAAAGAUUGAGAGAUAGGGGUGAAAUUAUGAAAUCUGUGGACUAUUAUCGGGCUAUUUGCACAGAGGCUCAAAACUGUGAGUUGUUGCUGCUCUGUGUAGUCCAAGGUAUGAUUAUUUUAACCUCCAUCUGCCUACUGUGACAGUCAUCAAGUCACUUAACCAGACAGUGCCUCCAGGCUGAAUCUGAAAAAGGUCCAUGCAGAUCAAUCAAUGCUCUACCCUCGUUAGAAAAUAAUUAAAGUAAUAUUUCAUGUGAUAGUCUUUCUUUCUUUGCGCAGGGUUAGCAUCUAUUGAAAGCAGUAAAAUAAAUGUCCACAUUUACAAUGAAUGGAAUUACUUAGCCCCCCCACACACACACACGCAUUCAACACUCAUUCCUCCAAAUAUGUGCUUCAAGAGAGUUUGCAUCGUUUAGUGACAUUAUUAUUAUUAUCAUCAUAACUGAGCCUAUCCAGUGGGCAGUAAUAGUAAGAAACUUUAAAGCAUCAGCAGUCAUCUGCUUAAUGUAUCAGUGGUUUCCGUUCACUCUCACAAAAGUAAAGCAUGUGAUUUGUUUUAUUUCUAAUCUGUAUUGGUGUGAGGGUUCUACUCCACACUCAACCUCAACAUACAACUCCAAGGUCUCACAAACGUGGAGAAAAGUCAAGUAAGAAAACAUGAAACCCUUCCCUCUGCUCCAAGGCCUUCAGCUUCAUACAAUGCACAGUACAUGUAACAAUGCAAACUGCAAUGAAGUAGAAUGACAACAUUUGUACUGUUUUAUGUAAGUGAUAUAGUUAAAGCUACCAAUGCAACUCUCAUUCAAUGUUACUGAUGUCCUCCAUAAAAAAAAAAAAAAAAAAUCAUCUUUUUCUCAUGCACUGCUUUGCAAGUGGCAUGAAAGAGGUAGAACGUACCAGAGUAAGAAGUUUGCCUUCUAACAAAACAACUUUCAAACAGGGAUCACCUAUAUAAGAAGGAAGGGAAGAUUCAUUUGCUUCUUAGCUGGAAAUACGCUUUGAAUAUUAGUCUGUUGCAAAUUGACUUCUUACUGCACUGAUUAACCUCCUGCUUUAGUUUAAUAUAACAACUCUAUGAGGAAUCCUUAAAUUCAUUCAUCGUUUUAAUGCAGGAAAUAGCAAAAACAGAACACCAUUUGACAACAUUUUGAGAAAAUGCAACAAGGUAUUAGUAUAUUACCUAUUAAUACCUUAAAUCAGGAGGUAUACCAUUGUAAUACAAGUCUGCAACAAGGAAAAUAAAUUUUAGCCUCAGAUAUUGGCUGUUUUAAAUUUGUAGUUCAGGAGUCAUGAAAUGGUUUCAAAUCAGCUCAUAUUUUGUUGUAACUGCAUCCACUGCAACCUUUAUCAAGUGGCAAGUGAUUUAAAACAAGACCUGCUGACAAAACUCAGGCAAAAAAUAGAUCAGUCUCAGUUUUUAGUUAGACACUUAAAACUAAUGGAGCCUUAGUACAACUACAAAAACUUGUCCUAGAAGUCAGUUUCUCUCUGUAGGUUUGUUUCUUGUCAGCCCAAUCAAGUGGUUACCAUAAAAAAGUCUUUAUAUAAUGACAUUUUUCCAAAUAAGAUAUUUAAUGCACCAAAGUUAUUUUGUUGUUGAUGUAUUCUUAUUGGAAACCUGCCCUUAUAUUAAACAUACAUGUCGCAAUAAGCAAUCCUUUUAACCGCUACAUAUGUUUGUGUAGUGUAAUGUUUAUUAUUCAUAUUCUUCAAAUCACAUGAUGACCAACAUUCCAUUAAUCAUGUCUGCACUUUUUUUACAAAGCAAAAAACAAUAAUAAUGUCACAAUGUUUCUCUUUUUAUUUCUUACUAUAUUUUAUACACAUUCUCUGAACCCCACUGGACUCACAGAGCUUGCAAGUCUUACAGACCCUACCAGCCCAAAUCUAUAUAUCUGAGAUAACAUCUAGACAUCCUUCUACCACUAGAGAUUCCUUGGAAAUGAGGCCCAUGUCCAAUGUCAUGGGAAGGCACAAAACAAGAAUCCUAGGGUGGCAAGACAUAGCCAGGGUAAGCAGUAAGUCAUAUUCUCUGCAGACGAGAAUUAUUGAUCUCUGUCUGUCUGUCUCUCUCUCUCUCUUUCUCUCUCUCUAACUGUGUGAUAUUAUGACAUAAACAAAUGUCACACAAGCCCCAACAUACAGCUUUUAUACCUAUGCUACACCAGCAUCCCUAUUAGUUAAUGGACACUGUUAUAGUGCUCCUAACCUCCACCAGCAGUCACAUUAGCAAAGCAAACCCGCAAGCCCUUCUACAGGAAAGGAAAGCAGACCACCAGCAGUUGCAUCCCCUCCCUACAGGCUAGGAAAGCAACCACUCCCUCCCCUUCAGAUUGAUAGGAAAGCAGACCACCAGCAUCUGCAUCUCCUUCCUACAGACUCCAUAUGAUCCAUCCUAAUAACUCGUCACUUGCAGGUUAGAUGACACCCCCAACCUCUUAGCUUGUUACUAUGUUCUCUAAAAACAGAUAUUAUUUGACUAACACAAAAUGUAGUCUUUGACUCCCCCACAUUAUACAGCAAACUACUUUGUUAUCACCAGUCAACUGAUCUGAUAAACCACUUCAAAAGUUUUUGUGAAUCAGAUUGGAAGACAGCAAGGUUUUCUAUGCAGUGGGUUUCUUAUAUGAGAGUUUAAAGUAAGGAACUCAGGUUCACUGGGAAGAAGAAGAAUGUUGUAGUUGCUUAAUUUACAAAGGUCCCUAAAUGCACAGUCCCUUGACUGAUAUUGUCAUUCUAAUGGUACACAGAAAGAGAUGUUCUCCGUGUUUCACUGUUGCAGUCAUUACAUUUGGGUAAUCU